AUGAAGGCACAGCAACUGCCACAGUGGGUCAGCGAACUCAGGGGACUCGUCACCCGCAACUUGAAGGAGAACAAGGAUCUGGUCUCGUACGCACUCGCCUCAAAGGACAUCGACUCGAACCAGCCAAGGGUCCGCUACGUCGUCCAUCGCGGGUUCGUCAACGAGAGGAGGAAGGACGGCGACGGGUCCGACAACCGCGUCAACGACGACGACGGCAACGAGCUCAUCUCGGACAAGCUCGUCGUGACCACCGACGCCAGGUCCCCCAAGGCUCGCCAGCUCGCAACAACACCGCAAAUCGAGCUAGCCUGGUGGCUCGCCGCGACGCAGCACCAGUUCCGCAUCGUCGGGAGGGCCUACAUCCUCCCCAGCCCGUCCUUCUCUUCCCACCCCUCUCCCGCCUCAUCCUCCGCCUCUGACCCGACCCUCUCGACCUUCUCCUUCCUCUUCCCCGGGGCCAAACUCGAACCCUACGAAGGCUUCAACUGGGAACACGAGCGCGUGCGCCAGUUCCGUAGGAUGUCGCCCGAGUUGAGGGCGAGCUUCUACAGGCCUGUGCCCGGUACGACGCUUGAGAAGUGGGAUGGCAAGAUGGAGGACUUGCCGCAGACGCUGCCGGAGAGCGUCGAGCAGGCCGAGAACGACGAGCAGAAGAAGCAGGUCGAGGAGGCCAUGAAGAACUUUGCCCUUAUCGUCAUCGACGCAACCGAAGUCGACCUCGUCGACCUCGGCUCGAUGCCCAACAAGCGUACGCGUUGGCUGUGCGACCAGUCCUCGGGCGAGUGGAAGGAGGAAGGACUCGUGCCGUAG